AUUGAUUCGUUGUCUGUUUCUUCUUCGAACCCUCACGGACCGCUAUUUUUUAGUAACUGGGUUUGGUUGGUUGGUUGGUUGAUUGAUUGAUGGGGAUUUCGUUGAGGAAUUCCGUUUCCAUUUCAUCACACAUUGGAGUCCUGAACUGGGUCCAAUUCAUAUUUGCAGGUUUUCGCUGCGUUUGAAGUUGCUGCGGUCCUCCGGAAGGGUUUUAGUUGAGUUUCAGUCUCAACGAUGGGAUUCGAGAAGGGAGCAACUUACGGUACUUUUGAUGGGUCGCAAAGUUUUCCGCAGUCGAGUGCUCCUCUGCUUCCUGGUACUUUUGGCAGUGGUGGCCAUGUGCAGUACCCUGUAGUUCCUGGAUAUCCAGUUCUGGAAAACUAUCCAGGAAGUGGUCAAGGUUCUGGAUGCUAUCAACCCGCUCAGUAUCCUGUCCCACAACCCGUUCAGACCUGUUAUUACGAGUGCCAUGAGGUCAUAUGCCACCAACGGGCACUUCCAUUUUGCGGACUUGGUUUCGGCUGGUUCCUAUUCAUAAUGGGGUUCUUUAUUGCCGUGUUUCCUUGGUAUAUUGGAGCUGUCAUUUUCCUGUUUGUGAGACAUGACGCUCGUGAACGCACUGGGCUGUUGGCUUGCACCAUAGCUGCUUUGGUUCUAUUAUUUGUCGGAGGGGUGGGCUUCCAUGUUCAUAUGCAACACCACUAGCUACGUUUAGCCACAGUGGCGGAGUCAUUUGUGUGCUGGAAAUGCACGAAUACAUAUUUUGUGUUAGUAGUGUAUUCACGAAAUCGUAUUUUUACUCGGAUAUAAUCUUCGUGAUUAGAUGUUAUGUCCUUAUUGCAGUCAAUUUGUAUUUUAAUGUUGUGAACAUGAUAGUUCACCAAGAAGACAUUGAGCGGAUGAUGCUUAACUGCCAAGAUGUACAUCUUUGUAUAAUAUAAGGCGUUUUCUGCUUCACAGUUUUGACGGGCGGAACGGAUAA